UAAAACAGGGGAGUGCCGCGGAAAUUUCUGUAUUUUACACCAGGAAAAGAAACGCCCGUGUCUCCGGAGAAAAGGAUCGCUGGCGACAUGAAGGACGAGCUCAAGUAUCUUACGGGAUUCGGCUGUGAGUUCUCCAGCGAGGAUGAGCGUUGUCCGGGAGCACUACCCAUUGGGCAGAAUAACCCGCAGAAGUGUCCAUACGGUCUUUAUGCCGAACAAUUGUCGGGCACAGCGUUCACUGCUCCGCGUGGACAAAAUAAAAGAUCAUGGUUCUAUCGAAUAAGACCAUCCGUUGUUCACAGCCCGUUCAAACCUUUCAUUAAAAUUCAUGGAGCCGAAUCUUAUGUAAAAAACGAUUGGAACGAUACUCAUCCUAAUCCUAACCAGUUAAGAUGGAAGACCUUUGACGUCCCGACUCGACGAGAUCCCGAAGUCGACUUUAUCGAGGGUCUUCACACUCUCUGCGGUGCCGGCGAUCCCAAGAUACGCCAGGGCGUUGCGGUACACGUGUAUUUAUGCAACGCUUCCAUGAAGGAUAGGGCUUUCUACAACGCUGAUGGCGAUUUUCUCAUCGUGCCACAGUUGGGCGAUCUGCAGAUUGUCACCGAGUUCGGCAAGAUGCGAUGCGAGCCGAACGAGAUAUGCGUCAUUCAGCAAGGUAUGCGAUUCUCCGUGACCGUCUUUGGCCCGUCCAGGGGUUAUAUCCUCGAGGUCUUCGACAAUCAUUUUCAGCUGCCCGAAUUGGGACCAAUAGGGGCGAACGGUUUGGCGAGCCCGAGAGACUUUCAGACACCGGUGGCUUGGUACGAUGAUCGCGAGAUCGAUUACGAGAUCAUAUGUAAAUAUCAGGGAAAGCUGUUCGUGGCCAAUCAAGGUCACAGUCCCUUUGACGUCGUCGCAUGGCACGGUAAUUACGUACCGUACAAAUACGAUCUCAAUAGGUUCAUGGUCAUCAAUUCCGUUUCCUUUGAUCACUGCGAUCCUUCCAUCUUCACCGUGUUGACGUGCCCCACUAACAAGCCUGGAACCGCCGCGGCCGACUUUGUUAUCUUUCCACCCCGAUGGUCCGUACAGGAGCACACUUUCCGACCCCCUUAUUAUCAUCGAAACUGCAUGAGCGAAUUUAUGGGAUUAAUAAAGGGCCGCUACGAGGCAAAGGAGGAUGGUUUUUCUGCCGGUGGUGCAUCGCUACAUUCCAUUAUGACUCCGCACGGUCCCGAUAAACAAUGCUUCGAGGCUGCGUCCAAUAGCGAGCUGGUGCCAGAACGGAUCGCUGACGAUACACAGGCCUUUAUGUUCGAGACCUCGUAUAGCAUGGCCGUGACAGAAUGGGCCAGUAAGCUUUGCAAUAAGCUGGACGACGACUACUACAAAUGCUGGCAGGGUCUACAAAAGCAUUUCGAUCUCACUGAUAAGCAGGCCAAAAUUGCUUAACAAGUAUGUUGAACAACAUAUCCACGUCUCUAUCUUAACGUAUUCACGAGGGAGACACUGUUGUCAGCUCUUAAAAUAAAUUUUUUACAUCUCUU